CCGGUUUCCGCUGUCAGUCGCAGCUCUCCUCUGAUCCUUGCAGGCUGGCGCUGAGCUUCUCACAAAGUAACCACCGAAACACUCUCUCGGAUACAAACUUUUCUUCUUGCACAAGUUAUUUCAAAGUAUGGAGCCGGAGUAACGAAACGUAGCGCCGCGAGCACUUGCGAUGGGGGCUUUUCUUGCCGGGUUACUGCUGUACAGUCUGUUCUGCGUACUUGAUGGGUCUCCUCUGCUGCUGUUUGCCAAUCGAAGGGACGUCAGGCUGGUGGACGCCGGACUGGGCAGGCCGGAGUCUACUGUGGUGGUCAGUGGCCUGGAGGACGCAGCUGCUGUGGACUUCCUGUUCUCUGAGGGCUUGAUCUUCUGGACGGAUGUCAGCGAAGAGGCCAUCAAGCAGACCUACUACAACCAGUCAGGGAAUGUGCAGAGCGUCAUCGUGUCCGGGCUGGACUCCCCUGAUGGCCUGGCUUGCGACUGGCUGGGGAAGAAGCUGUACUGGACCGACUCGGAGACCAACCGCAUCGAAGUGGCCAACCUUAAUGGAACAUCGAGGAAAGUGCUCUUCUGGCAAAACCUGGACCAGCCCAGGGCCAUUGCUCUUGAUCCGGCUCACGGGUACAUGUACUGGACAGACUGGGGAGAGGAGCCUCGGAUCGAGAGGGCAGGGAUGGAUGGCAGCAGGAGGGAAGUCAUUGUGGACUCCGAUAUCUACUGGCCCAACGGACUGACCAUUGACCUUGAGGAGCAGAAGCUCUACUGGGCCGAUGCGAAGCUCAGCUUCAUCCACAGAGCCAACCUAAAUGGAUCCAAUCGGCAAACGGUUGUUGAAGGCACCCUGACCCACCCCUUUGCUCUCACUCUGUCUGGGGAAACUCUGUACUGGACAGACUGGCAGACACGGUCCAUCCAUGCCUGUAACAAGAACACAGGAGAGAGGAGAAGGGAAAUACUGAAUAGCAUUUAUUCUCCCAUGGAUAUCCAGGUGCUUGGCCAAGAGAGACAGCCAAACAUUCCUACCCCCUGCUUCCAUAACAAUGGAGGCUGUACUCACCUGUGUCUCCUGUCGCCAGAGGAGCCUUUCUACAGUUGUGCCUGUCCUACGGGUGUUCAACUCCAAGAAGACGGCAAAACCUGCAAACCAGGAGCCCAGGAAGUGCUGCUUCUUGCUCGGCGGACUGAUCUGCGCCGCAUUUCUCUGGAUUUGCCCGACUUCACUGAUAUUGUCCUGCAGAUUAAUGACAUCCGGCAUGCCAUAGCCAUUGACUAUGACCCAGUGGAAGGUUAUGUCUACUGGACCGACGACGAGGUCAAGGCCAUCCGGCGUGCCCAGAUCGAUGGCAGCGGGGCUCAGACUCUCGUGACAACGGAGGUCAACCACCCCGAUGGGAUCGCGGUGGACUGGGUGGCUCGGAAUCUCUACUGGACCGACACCGGCACCGACCGCAUCGAAGUCACCCGGCUCAACGGCACGUCCCGCAGGAUCCUGAUCUCGGAAAACCUCGAUGAGCCCCGGGCCAUUGUACUCGACCCCAUUCGAGGCUACAUGUAUUGGACUGACUGGGGGGAAAAACCGAAGAUCGAACGUGCCAACUUGGACGGAAGCGAUCGCGUUAUCCUUCUGAACACUUCCCUGGGCUGGCCGAACGGGUUGGCGAUUGACUACGCGGCGGGCAAGCUGUACUGGGGCGAUGCCAAAACAGACAGAAUCGAGGUCAUCAACAUUGAUGGGACAGAGAGGAAAACCCUGCUGGAAGACAAGCUUCCCCACAUUUUUGGCUUCACACUGCUGGGCGAUUAUAUCUACUGGACAGACUGGCAAAGGAGGAGCAUCGAGCGAGUGCACAAGACCAAAGCCACCCGGGAGAUCAUCAUCGACCAGCUGCCAGAUCUCAUGGGCUUGAAGGCAACCAGAGUGACCGAGGCGUUUGGAACUAAUUCAUGCACAGAAAACAAUGGAGGCUGCAGCCACCUGUGUUUCUAUAGGCCUCAGGGCCUGAGGUGUGCCUGUCCCAUGGGCUUGGAGCUACUGAAUGACAUGAAAACUUGCAUUGUGCCAGAAGCCUUCCUACUCUUCACCACCCGGGCGGACAUACGCAGGAUAUCUCUGGGUACCACUAAUAACGACGUGGCAAUUCCUCUGACAGGGGUGAAGGAGGCUUCUGCCUUGGACUUUGACGUCUCUGACAAUAGAAUCUACUGGACUGAUGUCAGUAUGAAGACCAUAAGCCGAGCCUUCAUGAACGGCAGCUCCGUGGAGCACAUCAUCGAGUUUGGGCUGGACUAUCCGGAGGGCAUGGCAGUAGACUGGAUGGGGAAAAACCUGUACUGGGCCGAUACCGGGACGAACCGGAUUGAAGUGGCGCGCCUGGAUGGACAGUACCGCCAGGUCUUGGUGUGUAAAGACCUGGACAACCCCCGCUCCCUAGCGCUCGACCCUGCCAAAGGCUACAUGUACUGGACAGAAUGGGGCGGGAAACCACGAAUAGUGAGAGCACACAUGGAUGGAACCAACAUUGUUACUCUGGUGGAUAAACUAGGCCGAGGCAACGGUCUCACAAUCGACUAUGUGGAUCAGAGGCUCUACUGGACAGACCUGGACACCUGCAUGAUUGAGUCCUCAAACAUGCUUGGGCAGGAAAGAGAAAUCAUAGCAGAUGAUCUGUCCCACCCGUUCGGGCUGACCCAGUACCGUGACUUCAUCUACUGGACUGACUGGACCCUGCAGAGCAUCCAGAGAGCGGACAAGAGUAACGGGCAGAACCGGACCGAGAUCCAGGGCCAUCUGGAAUACGUUAUGGAUAUUUUAGUGUUCCACUCCUCGCGCCAGGAUGGCUGGAAUGAAUGUGUGCAGAAUAACGGGCAGUGUGCCCACCUCUGUUUGGCCGUACCUGAGGGAUAUAAGUGUAGAUGUGCUUCCCAUUACACUCUGGAUGCCAAUGGCAAAAACUGUAGCUCUCCUUCUAGCUUCCUCCUGUUCAGUCAGAAAGCCGCUAUCAGUAGGAUGGUGCUGGGAGAGCAGAGCCCGGACAUCAUCCUGCCCAUUCACGUGCUGAGGAACGUCCGAGCUAUCAGCUACGACCCUGUGGACAAGCUCAUUUACUGGGUGGAUGGACGACAAAACAUCAAGAGAGCAAUGGAUGAUGGCUCACAGGCUUUUGUGGUGGUGUCUUCCUCCGGCCACCUUCAGAACCCCGACAAGCAGCCUCAUGACCUCAGCAUCGAUGUGUUCAGCCGGACGGUGUACUGGACGUGCGAGGCCACCAACACCAUCAACGUUCACCGGCUUGAUGGCAAAUCUAUUGGCGUGGUGCUGAGAGGCGAGCAGGACCGGCCUCGCGCUAUUGUGGUCAACGCAGAGAGAGGGUACAUGUACUUCACCAACAUGCAGGAGAGGUCCGCAAAAAUCGAGCGUGCUUCCCUGGACGGCACUGAGCGCGAGGGCCUCUUCACCACCGGACUGAUCCGACCCGUCGCCCUGGCCGUUGACAACAAGCUGGGGAAGCUCUUCUGGGUGGACGCUGAUCUGAAACGCAUUGAGAGCAGCGACCUGUCUGGAGCAAACCGCAUCACCCUGCAGGACUCCAACAUUCUGCAGCCCAUGGGGCUGACUGUGCUUGGAGAGCACCUGUACUGGAUUGACCGGCAGCAGCAGAUGAUUGAGCGAGUGGACAAGCUCACUGGGGAGAAGAGGACACGAAUCCAGGGCAGGAUCUUCCACCUCACCAGCAUCCACGCUGUGGAAGACAUGGACGCCACAGAGUUUGCAUCACACCCUUGUUCCCGUGACAACGGAGGCUGCUCUCACAUCUGCAUCGCUAAGGGAGAUGGGACUCCUCGCUGCUCCUGUCCAGUCCACCUUGUCCUGCUGCAGAACCUGCUCACCUGUGGAGAGCCGCCCACCUGUUCGCCGGAGCAGUUCACCUGCGCGACGGGCGAGAUCGACUGCAUCCCUAUGGACUGGCGCUGCGACGGCUUCGCCGAGUGCGACGACAACAGUGACGAGGAGGACUGCCCCGUCUGCUCCGCCUUCCAGUUCCAGUGCGAAAAGGGCCAGUGCAUCGACGCCCGGCUACGCUGCAACGGAGAGGCGGACUGCGCGGACAGCUCCGACGAGCAGGACUGCGACACUAUCUGCCGUCCAAACCAGUUCCGCUGUAGAACCAACCAGUGCAUUCUGAAGAAGCAGCAGUGCGAUUCCUUUUCGGACUGCAGCGAUGACUCCGACGAGCUAUUCUGUGAGUAUAACUCCCCGCCAAGCGAUCUUCAGGCCCACAGCAGCACCAUCGGACCAGUCAUUGGGAUCAUUCUCUCAGUCUUUGUUAUGGGAGGGAUGUACUUCGUGUGCCAGCGCGUGGUCUGUCGCCGCUACAAGGGCCCCAAUGGAGCUUUUCCAACUGAGUACAUCAGCGGGACUCCCCACGUUCCCCUCAAUUUCAUCGCACCGGGAAGUUCGCAGCAUGGUACUUUUACUGGAAUCUCCUGCGGGAAGUCCGUGAGGAGCUCCAUGAGUCUGAUGGGCAGCAGUGGCAGCGGGGCUCCGCUCUAUGACAGGAACCACGUGACUGGGGCGUCCUCCAGCAGCUCAGCCAGCACGAAGGGGACUUUCUACCCUCAGAUUUUGAAUCCACCUCCAUCACCAGCGACCGACCGCUCUCUGUACAACACAGAAAUAUUUUACUCCUCCAACAGCCCCUCCACAACAAGGUCUUACAGGCCCUAUCUCCUGCGAGGCAUAGCCCCACCCACGACUCCCUGCAGCACGGACGUGUGCGACAGUGACUACACCACCAGCCGCUGGAAGACCAACAAAUACUACAUCGACCUGAACUCGGACUCCGACCCCUACCCUCCCCCCCCCACGCCCCGGAGCCAGUACCUGUCAGCGGAGGAGAGCUGCCCCCCCUCGCCCUCCACUGAGAGGAGCUACUUCCACCUGUGCCCUCCCCCUCCUUCACCCUGCACUGACUCCUCGUGACCCUGGGCACAGCCCCCGCCGCACACCUGUAAAUAAUUUUAAAUAUGAACAAAUCAGAUAAUUAUAUUUUAGUAAUUUUCACUAAUGGUUGUUUGUUUGGGAGCGUUCGGGGUUCAAUUUGGAGGGGAGGGGGGGACUUGAUAAGUGUGUGUACAGUACUUCUAAAGUGAAGUCUGUCAAGCCAUGUGAAAUCUUUGCACAGCAGAAGUGUAUUUAUAACUUUUUUUUUAAAACUGUUUCUGUUUCUUCACAACAUCCCCAGCUGUCCCCCAAGGCCGUGGCACAAGCCACCAUUGCACUUGGCUGAGUGUGUUGCCCAUGUGAGAGAAAGUCCUUUUUUUUUUUUUUUUGUACGUUAUUUUUCUUAAAUAAGGAAAGAAAAUGCCAGCAUUCUUUCCCAUCAUUUGGACAACACUAAAGCUUCUACACAUCUUUUACGUGUAAAUAGAAAACUUUCAAUAAUGUGUUUUAUAUUUCAAUACAGUGGCCAUGACUCUUUACAGGCUGAAAUUUGUAUCUUAUUUUGCACACAUACUGUAAUCCCACAAUAAGAUCCGAGUAACUUCUAUCCUCCAACAGGCUCAAGUGUUUUACUCUGGCAAAACAGUCUCUGGAAUCUACCAUCUUCUUUCGCACAGUGACAAAGUACCUCUGAAAGAUAUUUAUAGCAUGGCUCCAAGGUUUCUGAUUUUGACAUUGCAAGUUACAGAAGGUACUACUACUACUAGACAGGGCCAGUAGGUGGAUACGUCUGGUUUUAUUUUGGACAUUAAAUGCCCAUUUACAUGUAAGUAGCUUCUGCACCUGUGUAUUAGGUGUAAAGGUAUGUUUAGCCAUAGAGCAUACUGUAUACCUCAUUUUGAAGUUAGGAAAAUUGCAAGGUCUCUUGAAUAUUUGAGUUUAUUCUUUUUUAUAUGUUUUUUUAAAUGGUAGAGGAUUUUAGGGAGCAUUUUGCAGACAUAUGUAUUGGGUCUCGGUACCUGAAAAAAAUGAGUUUUUACAAGUUUAUUAAGGGUCACAAGAGGAAAUCAAGGGAUAACACAUCUAGGACUCAGCAUAAGAAGCAUGAUAAGGUGUCUGUCUGGAACACGCUGCCCACCAAUGUUAUUGAAACCCAAACCUUGUGUUGGUUAUUAAAAUAAACAGCAGGAUGAGACCCUUGAAAGAACUGGAUACUCUGUAAUCAAGUGAAUAAAAUGGACCCAGUGAUUGCAACAAUGGUAAAAGUCCUUUUGGAAAACUAUUAUAAUCUCAUGUUCUUAUAUCCUACAGUAUCUCUAUCUCUCUGUAAACCCUCAAAGGCUCAUGCAUAAGCAUGAACAACAGAGAACUUUGUGCAAGAGAACACCGUUCUAUCCUGUAUUUGCUAAGGUUGCAAGUGUGUUAGGAAUGAUAUUUACAAAACUAUUCAGAAAUGUUUAUAAGACCAUUCAACUACAGUUAUUCAUCAUUUUAUACGUUUGUUAAACACUUAUCCUAGUAAGAGGGAGUUCUAUUUUAUUAAGUUCAUUUAGGGUACAGGGUGCUAAUACUAUUGUCUGUGGUUGCAUAUAGUCAUCAACUCACUUCAUGGAGUCACUGUAUGUGGCUGCGCUGUUCGGCAGUUUGUGGAUAAUCACUACCUUUAGAAAGGCUAAGAGAUACUGUAUGUGACUUCUCAAACUCCUGCACUUCAAAGUUAAAAUUAGUUGCUUGGACAGGUGGAAGUUUCACUCCAAAGUGGGAGUUCUGACCAAGGUAAGAUCACCGUGUUUCAUUCCAAAAGUGCACCGCGUGUUUGCGGGUUAUUCUGAACAGUAAUAUCUUACGGCUAGAUGACCUGCCGGUCAGUCACUGCUUUGAUGACAGUUAUUGGGGGUUUUGGUGUAGCAGGGUUCAUAAGAGGGCCAUCAUUUUCCACCCCAAUAUCGCUAGUAAACGUCAACCAUACACUGCAUUGUAAUUAUUUGCUGUAAAAACCUGGAUAAUUGUGAACCAUGAGCCUUGAUUAUGCAUAGACAUUAUUUUUAACAGUUGCCACAGUUUUAUGUGGUUGUCAUUUGAAGUUCAAGGUCACCCCAGGGACUAAGUGCUUGAAAAGGGCUCUCUCUGUCAUUGUGCAUUCUCGCUGGGGACGUGUGGUGAGCCACUUCACUCUGCACAUACCAAAACCAUUUCAAACAGAAGUAUUGUAAAUAUGUAUUAUUACAUUUUAAUUACAAAGUUAUUUUUAAUUAUUUUGUGUGAAUAUGAUCAAGGCCAUUCUCGUGCUUCUCUGUGAACUAUUUUGAAGUCCCUAAGCAUUUUAUUCAUUCUGCUCAGUUACCAAAACAGUAUGUUUGCUGCUAAUGUACAUAUAAAAAGAUCUGUUGAAAAAAACCCGACAAAGUCAAAACUCACUUUUAUCAGUACAGAUUUUAUAACAGUAAAUAUUAUACAAAUGUUAAGAAUAAAUCAUAAAGUUUAAUAAGUUAUUAACCUUCCAUAGCACAUUGCAUUAUAAGCAUUAUUUUAUGUGUGUACUGCAUUUUAUAUAUGUAUAUUAUAAAAAAGUUUUAAUUUUAAAGUGAUGUUUAUGGAAUAUUCAACACAUUACCUUUGCUUUCAUGGUCUGGCUUUAAAUUUUGAGAAAGCACACAGCAUUGCGUUUAAAACUAUUUGAAUUGAUAAAAAUAAUGUGAGGUAUGCUGAACACCACAUCUGCUUUUUAAUCCUAAGAAAUGUGUGUUGUUUGUCCUCAUCCUUGAUCAUUUGGGAAAAUAUGGUUCUGUUGUCACCAUUGUAAUUUAUGCAUGUGGGUCCUGUAUUUAGAGAUCCUUGGUUUUCCGUCCGCAAUAAGUUUGGGGCAAAAAAACUAAAUAUUGUUUAGAUUUUCUAAAGAAAAAUCACUCAGACCUUAUCCCCCAGUUUUGGAUUCUGUUUUCCUCUUAUACCUGCAAAUUAAACCUAAGCAGGAGCAUAUCUAGAAGUGUUUCUUUUCUUUAAUUGAAAUGUACUUUACAGCAUUUUAGCUCUUCUUUCAUAUGACUCGCAUAGUGUAUUCCUGUUUGAGAAUAACUGGUGUCAUGAAGUGUGCUGUUCCAGAGAAAACAAUCCUCUUAAUGUUGCAGUUUUUGAAAGUUCAGUUUGGCUGAACAAAUUUUUUGAAUGCUGAAAAGGAACAUAUGGCUUUUUAUCUGUCAACCAGUUUUGGCACAUAAUUGUACAAUAGGAUUCCUAGUUAUGAAGUACAGAUAGAAUCUGUGUUGAUCUAUCAUUGAAAGGGGAAUUCUGGAUAGGAAUUCUCAGGUAGCAGAGUUUUGUAUGCAUCUCUUUUGAUCAAAAUUCCAUUACUCAACGAUUACCAAGCUGAAAGCUAUACAGUGAAGCUUCACACUGUGUUGUCUUGCAUGGUUCAUUUUGAUGGGCUUCAGUUGAAAGGCAAUAGAGGUGACAAAAGAAAAAAAAAGUAACUAUUAUAUUGUGUGGAAAGGAUCGUUAAACUGUAUAGAAUUGUCUUGUUGCUAUUGUAUUGUCAGGUCUUUAUAUUCUGCAGAAAAAUGUUUCCCUUUUGUAGAAGAAAAGAGUUUGCAUUGAACCCUGUAGGUAUGGGAAUGAGAGAGGUCUUUUAAUGGUUUAGAUUUUUUUACGUUAGCUUACGUAACUUUGUUCUCAGUAAGGCCAUGUGCUUAAAACAUGUUUUGGCUCUUCAGUUUGGGAAUCAUACAAAUACACUUUUCUCUAGCCUGACUUUAAAUGUGUUGGCAGUAUUGGACAGGCUUAUCAUUUCAUUUUUUUUACUGUCAACUUCAUGUAUUUGUGAUGUGAUCAUAAAAAAAACAAGUUCUUGAAUGCUUUACUGGAAUCCCAAAAAUCUACACAUGGAUGGUGACUAUUAAUUGCAGUAGCAAUUUUACAAUGCGGUGGGUUACAAUAUGUAGCCAGAUCAGUUUUUAAUGCACAGAGACAGAAAGUGGAAAUUAAAUUAUGGUUUUAAUUAAAAGAAUAACUGAGGAGAAAGAUCUCAUGUGAAUAUAAUAAUUCUAUAUAGUUUGUGUGAUUACUUUAUUCAUUUUAUCCAUUUAAAAUGUUUUCUAAAAAUUCUAAUUAAAACUGUUUAAUGUCUGAAUCAUACCAAUGAUACUGUACAGAAAUGCAUGGCAUGUUAUCAAUGUUUUUAAUACAGUGUGGUUGAGCCUUGAAAUCAAUAUGUGUUUGGCAAAUUCAAGCAAACUCUUGACUAUUGCCAAAUAAAGCACUUAUUUUUAAACCUUUCUAAAAGCUACAUGCACAUGAUGGCUGUAUGAUGAUUAUGUGUAGAAGCAGGCUAUGUAAUGUUUACAAUACUGCUGGCCAUGACACUGCAAAAUGAUAAAGAACAUUUUGACAUCCAUUACAUGGUGUACCCAAACAAAAGCUCUUUGCAAUACCUCUCACAAAAGCAUAUUCUAAAUAUCAGAAUAACCUAAAUUGCCAACUCAGAAGAUGCAUUUUUCUUCUUCGGUAAUAAAGAGUAAUAAAAUUACUUUUUAUUUUGCCUUAAACUACCAGUAAAAAUACAAAUAUUCUAUAUAUCUAUCAAGACUGGAAUUAUUUUGUUAACUGUUGAAAUGUGUUUCUGUAAAUGCCUGCAAAAGCAGCACAGGCAGCUUAAAACCCUCAUUCAAAAAUUCUAUUUUUUUCUUUGACAUUUGUAAUUAAUUGAUUAGACAUGCAAGGGUGCCAGUAAAUUACACACCAAACAGUCAACAGUUUGUAAUCAAAGAAGAUACAAAACACAUACUGUAGCUCUGUCCAUCCUGAUUCAUAGUCAAAAAGGAAAGACAAACCCUCUCUUCAUUAAGAUAGUGGUAUUUGGUGAAUUAAAGAACUUAAAAAACACGAAACUGGGGUGUCUCCUUGUGAAAAAAAUCAAUCAAUGGUUCUUAUUAUUCCCAAAUUCAAUGGAACCUGGGUCUUCUAAAGACCUGUUUCAUUAUUUCUAAGUUACUGACACUUUGUUAUCAUCAUACAUUUUUUUCCACAGCAUAAGUUUUUUGUAUUUGUUUCUAUAAUUCCUUAAUUAAGGAAAAACAUUUUUUUGCUUUUUUCCUUAACCUGUAUUUGAUUGGGGAAAAAAGCAAUACAAGUUUUAAAUAUAGUUCAAUCAGAUCUUUUAAUUAUGUACCAUUUUUGUUAGCAGAACAUAGCCUGAAACUGCAUCCUCCAUUUUAACAGUUAUGUGUCUUGCUGUGAAGCAGAUGGUGAAGCCAUCAUCAAUCACUCUAAAAUCUUCACCAGAUAUACCUCUCAUUGAAGCAACAUUAGUAGAUUUCAUGUUAUGACCAAGAGUUAGCUUGAUUCUUGUAUGAUUUUUCUUUGCCUUGUAUUUCAUGUAUAAAGCCUUGUAAAUUAAAAUCUUGCAACUUUUGUUAACUUUUGUAUUAUAGCAAUUUUUAUAUAAUAAAGGUUCUAUUUUAAGGAA